GGCUCUCCAGGGAAUCCUCCUGCUCCGGCAGUGACCAUGGGAAAGAGAGUGGCCGUGGUGCUGGCUGGCUGCGGGGUGUACGACGGGAGCGAGAUCCAUGAGUCCUCGGCCGUGCUGGUGCACCUGAGCAGGGAGGGGGCACAGGCAGAGGUUUAUGCUCCUGAUGUUGACCAGAUGCACGUGGUGGACCAUGUGAAAGGACAGCCAACUGAGGAGAAGCGCAACGUGCUAGUGGAAAGUGCCAGAAUAGCCAGGGGCAACAUCAAGGAUCUCGCUAAGCUGGAUGUCCAGGGGCUGGAUGCCCUCAUCAUACCAGGUGGCUUUGGGGUGGCGAAAAACCUGAGUACUUGGGCCACCCAAGGCAAGAACUGCAUCGUCUCCAAAGAGGUGGAGGACGUCCUGAAGGCAUUCCACGCCGCCAAAAAGCCCAUUGGCCUGUGCUGCAUUUCUCCAGUGCUGGCAGCCAAACUCUUCCCGGGCUGCGAGGUGACUGUGGGCCACGACACGGAGUGCGAGAAGUAAGUGCCCAUGGAGUGCUUGGCAUGGAACCA